UAGAAUGAAACGUUUGUUAUUUAUUUGGUUGGAAUGUGUACGGACGGUGCACCAUAUUUUUUUGUAUUUUUUAAAAUUGAAUUUAUUAACAUAAAAAUCUGUCGAUGUAUUUACGGAGGAGCACUACACUGAAAUACUUUGUAGCGGCAAUAGUCGGUGCCGCUUUUUAUUGUGAGUGGUUCAUCUACAUCGUACAGCCCCGGUAUUGGCAGAGGCUGGAGUGCAGGGGCUAUGACGCGACGUGCACUAAAAUAUUGUUCAUUGCGGACCCCCAAAUUCAGGGGGACCUCGCUGUUUCGCCGCCUCUCAGCUACCUUUACAAUUGGGAUAGCGAUCGAUAUCUCAAGUCAACAUUUGCAGUGGCAGUGAACCAGUUCAAGCCAGAUGUGCUGGUGUACCUGGGAGACCUCAUGGACGAAGGCUCCGUGUCCACAAUGGCUCAGUUCCACAGCUAUGUCAAGAGACUGUCAGGGAUAUUUGAAGUCACUUAUCCUGUAGUGCAAGUAUGGCUGCCCGGUGACAAUGACAUUGGGGGUGAAACUGAACCAAUCAAGCAAGACAAGGUCAGAGAAUUUGAACAGGUCUUUCACCAGCCGUCUGUGAUCACAUACAAGAAUAUAUCAUUCUACAAAGUCAAUGGGAUAACACACACCGUACCAAAAGCACUGGAAGAAGACGAAAGCAACUUCAAGAUUGUAGUGUCCCACUAUCCCAUUACAAUAAGGCAUAUUAUUGGGCAUAAGGUGAAUGAUGGAAUACGCCCCAAUAUAUAUUUUUGUGCUCAUGAGCAUGAGUCCAAGUAUGUGAAACAGAGUAAAGACCUGACACACAGAGAAACAUACCCUCUUUAUGAUGAGAAAGUGUUAGAAAUAAGUACUGAUGAAGAAAAGCUGUAUGAAAUCUAUGUGCCAACAUGUUCUUACAGAAUGGGCACAGUCAAUAUUGGCUUUGGAGCUGCUAUAUUAGAAAACAACAAUGAAGACAUGAGGUACACAGUCUUCUGGUCUCCAACAAGGUUUCCAUAUUUACGCUUCUAUUUGGCUGUUUUGAUAUGUCUCACAGUGUACUGCCUCCUUUACUGUGCAGGUAGGUUAUUCAGUCGAUUGCCCAAGCAUAAGGCCCCAAAUGCUGAUAAAUUGCCACUAUUGGACCGUAUUUAGUAUUACAGAUAAAUAAACCCUAGGGGCACCUUAAUGUGAUCCUAUUUUUAGCAUUCCCUAAUGACUGAUUUAUAUUAAAAAGCAAUAUUAAAAUCUCCAGAGUUUUAAAAUCUUAUUUAUGUUAGGAAUUUAAAUACAUACUUACUAAUGAGUAGGUAUUAUUUUAUAAUAAUGUACAAAUACUUAUUCCAGGAAAAUAUUUUAAAAUUAAGAGCUUUUAGCAGUGUUUAAAAAUAAUAAUAUGAAAUGCUUGUGCAGUGUCUAUAGUUUUCGGGCGUCUAUUCCGCCCUCGCCGUCUGUAAAGAUGAAUAUUCCAUGACUAUCAACAUGUUAAUUUUGGAAGUUUAAAAUACUUUAGCAAAAUAGUGAUGAAUAUUUUAUAAUUUAAACGAACAGGGUAACAAUUCGAUAACUAUGAGCUGAAUUACAAAAUAUUGUUUCCAAAUCAACUAUUAUCCAUUAUUAAAAAUAUUAGUAUAAUUAGUUAGCAUAUUCCGUAUUGCAUAUUAGGCAACUGUGAAUCUCCUCUUCACUGAGUCUCAUUACACUAUAAGAGAGAGAAGCUUCAGUUGUCGUGAUUUCUAAUUUAUGAAAAUUGUGCAUGUUGUGUAUUUAACAAAACUAUGAUAGUAACUUAAUAUGUAUAAGAACAUUAUUUUUGGUAACAACUUAUAAAAAUUGCAUCUUUGGCAUGCAAUUUUUGUUGUAGAAAGAAUAACCCAUAUAAUAUUUUGUCUUGGUUUAUCAGUAAAUUACUAUUUUUGUAUAGUAAGUACAGUAUUUUUGAAGAGUAUUAAAUCCAUUUAUUAUUCAUAGUGUUAAUAGUAUAACAAAAUACAGCUGAUUGUGGUAUAAUAGUAGUUUAUUUACUGUAGUGUUAUAAAAAUUAAUAGUUUAUACAAAUAAAUUAUCUUUUUUAAUAUUUA